CGAAGAUCUCAUCAUGGGCAAGAAGGAUAAGCGUUCCAAGCUUGAGGGAGACGAUCUAGCUGAGGCUCAACAGAAGGGAUCAUUCCAACUUCCAUCCUCGAACGAAACCGCCAAGCUCGAUGCUUCCCAGUGGCCACUUUUGCUCAAGAAUUACGACAAAUUGAAUGUGCGCACCAAUCACUACACACCACACGUCGAGGGAGUAUCACCAUUAAAGCGUGACAUCAAGAACUACAUUUCGUCUGGAUUCUUCAAUCUUGACAAACCAUCGAACCCAUCUUCUCACGAAGUCGUGUCCUGGAUCAAGAGAAUUCUUCGUUGCGAGAAGACCGGACACAGUGGAACACUCGAUCCAAAAGUAUCGGGAUGUCUGAUCGUUUGUAUCGACCGUACCACUCGUUUGGCCAAGUCGCAGCAAGGAGCUGGAAAGGAAUACAUCUGCAUCUUCAAGCUCCACGAGGAAGUUGAGGAUGAUCGCAAGGUGAAGCAAGCCCUCGAGAAGCUCACCGGAGCCCUCUUCCAACGCCCACCACUGAUCUCAGCUGUCAAGCGUCAGCUUCGUAUUCGUACCGUUUACGAGAACAAGUUCAUCGAGUAUGAUCCAGCUCAACAGAUGGGAAUUUUCAACUGCAUCUGCGAGUCGGGAACCUACGUUCGUACAAUUUGUGUGCAUCUCGGUCUCAUCCUCGGAUGCGGAGGUCAAAUGCAAGAGCUUCGCAGAAACAGAUCCGGAAUCUGCGAUGAAAACGAGAAUAUGGUCACAAUGCACGACGUUCUCGAUGCUCAGUAUCUCCUAGACACCCAGAAAGACGAGAGCUACAUGAGACACAUCGUUCGUCCACUUGAGGCUCUUCUCACCCAGCACAAGAGAGUUGUUGUCAAGGACAGUUGCAUCAACGCGAUCUGCUACGGAGCCAAGAUCCUUAUUCCCGGAAUUCUUCGUUACGACGAUGACAUCGAGGUUGGCAAGGAGAUCGUCAUCAUGUCGACGAAGGGAGAAGCCAUCUGCAUCGCUAUUGCUCAGAUGAACACAUCAACGAUCGCUUCAGUCGAUCACGGAGUCGUUGCCAAGUCGAAGCGUGUCAUUAUGGAGCGUGAUGUGUACGGAAGAAAGUGGGGACUUGGACCGGUUGCAUCCAAGAAGAAGCAAAUGGUCAAGGACGGACUUCUAGACAAAUUCGGAAAACCAAAUGACACUACUCCAAAAUCGUGGGCCAAGGAGUACGUUCAAACUUCGACGAAGAAAGAAGUCAAGAAAGAGGAGACGCCAGACGAGGAAGAGGAGGAGGCACCGAAGAAGAAAUCCAAAAAGUCCAAGAAGCAAGAGUCGAGUGAUAGUGAUAGCGAUUAAGCUCAUUUUUAUGUUUUUUCUUUUUUAAAUUACCUCUGUUGACUAUUUACUUGUUGUUCAAAAAUCUUUUUGUUGUUAUUCAUUCUAAACAUCGUUUUCCUUGUUGUACCAAUUUUGUUGAACAUUUGAACUUUAUAUAAAUCGGAUUUUCG